CUGUCGUUUAGUAUCGUCGUCUUCUGGGGAAAAUAUCUUCUUUUUUUUGACACUUCAUCAAUUCAACUGGAAAAAGGAUAUUUCCAGAUUAGGUAGAGAGAGACCGAAAGUAGCUUCUUCAGGCUUCAACUUUUAGCUAUGGCGACCAAUGAUUCUUCAAAAGCUAUUGACAUCAACGGGAACCUCGAAUCCGAUUCGAACCUUAACACUGACGGUGACGAGGCGACAGAUAAUGAUUCCUCAAAGGCAUUGGCUACUAUCCCUGCUCCAGCCGUUUGUCUUUUCCGGUUUGCCGGAGAUGCUGCUGGUGGCGCCGUCAUGGGCUCUAUCUUCGGAUAUGGUUCAGGAUUGUUCAAGAAGAAAGGGUUUAAAGGUUCAUUUGCAGAUGCAGGGCAGUCUGCUAAGACUUUUGCUGUUUUAUCUGGAGUCCACAGUUUGGUUGUUUGCCUUCUGAAGCAAAUCCGAGGCAAAGAUGACGCCAUUAAUGUUGGAGUUGCUGGGUGCUGCACUGGUCUUGCUCUUAGUUUCCCUGGUGCUCCACAGGCUCUUCUACAGAGCUGUCUUACGUUUGGGGCAUUCUCUUUUAUACUUGAGGGUCUCAACAAAAGACAAACAGCUUUGGCGCACUCGGUCUCGUUGAGACACCAAACCGGACUGUUCCAAGAUCAUCAUCGUCCUUUACCACUCUCUCUUGCUCUCCCGAUCCCUGAAGAGAUCAAAGGAGCCUUCUCUUCUUUCUGCAAGUCCAUAGCUAAACCCAGGAAGUUCUAAUUUCUCCCUUUCUUGUGUCUUAGGUUCUCUCUCUCUAGACUUUUGCUGUACUUUGUGAGGAAUGUUUAUGAAAGGCUUUUUUGCAAGAAGCCAAUUUGGCGACAAAAAGACACGUGUACUACUUUUAAAAAAUCAGUUACAUAUUUUGUACUUGUUCUGUAUGUCACGGUCUUAAUUUCGCUACAAUUUUUAAGAUGUGA